AUUUUUUUUAAUAUAAAAUUAAUAGUAGUUGUGGGAGUUGAGCCGACUAGACUAUAGCUACAUCAAAACAUCGUAUAUAUAUAUAUAUAAUAUUGCACUCUAAUGAUUCAAUGGAGUAAGAAUCAUCAGGGCGUGUUUAUUCGGUAGGUCUAUGUAGCACGAUAACCAACAAUAAUCGACAACGGACGCUAGUUUUGAUAUUAACAAGUGUGGGCUGUCAUUGUGAUUCACAAUAAUUAUAAUUAUUAAUUAUUAAUCAGGAAGGCUUAUUAGAGGUGCUGCGAAAAAAGUAAAUAUAAGAUGUGUAAUCAAUGAAGUGGCAAAAUAAUAAUUGUUGAUAGAGAAAGUGCAUAAUUGUUAAUAAACAAGAUACAAUGGUGCGCUUAGCAUUAACAGUGGCAUACGUUCUGGCUUGUUUUAAGCUGGGCGUAGUCGGCCAGUUUGAAUGGCAACCGAUUGAUCAUUUUGACGAAAUCCAAGCUAGAGUAAAUCUAGUUAACAAGGAUAAUUGUCAAAUAAAACGGGAUAAUGAUUUAUAUUUGCCUCCUGAUUCAGUAUCUCACUUGCCUAACAUCAAGGAUAUCAAUAUCAACCCAGUAUUCCCCAAUAGAACUGGUCUAUUGUACAUCCACAACUUGGCGAUAAGUCGUGCUUACUUUUGGAGUUACAGUUUACAGUCGCGAUUUAUCAGGCCAGCUCUCAAUGACACCUACGAUCCAGGAAUGAUGUACUACUUCUUAUCAUCAGUCGCUGAUGUAUCUUCAAACCCUCAUGUCAAUGCUUCAGCGACUUACUUUGCACCCAAUAUGUCAUUUACUCCAAGUUAUCGAGGUUUCUUCAACAAAACAUUGCCAAGAUUUGCACCAAGAGUCAUAAGAGCUGAUGACUUUAAUGAUCCUGUUCACAUGGAGAGAAUAUCGACCAGAAAUACUUUUACAGCUGAUGAUCUUGGUGCUUUUGCACCAUCUAGUUUUAGUCUUGAUUACACUAACGCGCUCUAUCGAAUUAAUAAAUGGUAUUCAGCUUGGUUACCAGAUGUAAAUCCUCAGAAAAGACAUGACACUAAAACUACCUACCAAGUAGAAAUUAGAUAUGCUAACAAUACUAAUGAGACUUACUCAUUUCACGGUCCACCAGGUGCUGAUGAAAAUCCGGGUCCAGUAAAAUGGACAGAGCCUUACUUUGAUUGUGAUCGUUCAAACCGUUGGUUAGUAGCUGCAGUGGUACCCAUUGCAGAUAUUUACCCCCGUCAUACAGCUUUCCGGCACAUUGAAUAUCCAACAUACACCGCUGUCUCUGUAAUUGAAAUGGAGUAUGAAAGAAUAGAUAUCAAUCAAUGUCCUAAAAGUGAUGGUAAUAAUGGCCCAAAUCAUUUUGCUAACACUGCUAAGUGUAAAAACGAAACAACUGAAUGUGAACCGUUGCAUGGAUGGGGUAGUGGUAGAAGAGGAGCGUAUCAAUGUCGUUGUAGACCUGGGUAUCGACUACCUUCACAAGUUCGUAGACCAUAUUUAGGUGAAAUUAUUGAACGUGCUACUGAUGAACAAUAUCACAAUGGAUUUGAUUGCGUCCCUAUUGGAUACCGACAAGUACUACCGAUUGAAUGGCAUAAAGCGCCUAAAUAUUUGAGAGAUAUGUAUUUGGAAAAAUAUCCUGAGUAUAUAAACUCUACGGUUGGUCCUGAAUCAUUCCAAACACCAAAAAUAAAUAUACAUAACGUACUAACAUUCAUGAGAAGUGUUAAUGGACAUAAUUGUAAAUUGUACACCAAAGCAGAUUUGACACUUCAUGGAGAUGUUGGUUACGGCAGUACGGAAUUUUUUGAAAAUCAAGCAAGAAUGGCUACUCGACUGGCUAAUUUUAUCAGUGCUUUCCUCCAAUUGAAUAACCCCAAAGAGGUUUACUCAGGUAAACGAGUACCCGACAAAGAACUGACGGAAGAUCAGAUGAUGGGUGAAACCUUGGCUCUACUUCUCGGAGACACAAAAAUUUGGGCUGCUGGUACUUAUUGGAAUCGUAAUAAAUUUACGAAUAGAACCUUCUUUGCACCUUAUGCACACAAACCUCAACUAAAUACAAGAAAAUAUUACAUCGAAGACAUUGCUCGAUUAAACGCCACCGAUGAAGUCUACACCAACAAGCCUUGGUUCAAAUUUUUGCAACAACGAUGGGCGACCAACUUUGAUGAACUCGAAAAAUAUUAUUUGAAACUUCACAUCCGUUUUAACGAGACUGGCGAGUACCACAAGAAAUUUGAGCAGUACCCGACAUCUUACAGGGCGGCAAACCUGAAUCAUGGUCACUGGACAACUCCGUACUUUGAUUGUAACGGUAAGGUGAAUAAAUGGGUAAUUACCUAUGCAUCCCCAUUUUUUGGCUGGGACAGCUUGAGGCUAAAACUGGAAUUCAAGGGUGUCGUUGCUGUUACUAUGAACUUGAUGGAUAUGGACAUUAACCAGUGCGACGAUAAAUUCCAUGUUCCUAAUGCGUUCAAGGGCACCCACAAAUGCGACCGAAAAACAUCAUAUUGCGUGCCAAUAUUCGGAAGAGGUUUUGAUCUAGGUGGAUACAAAUGUGAAUGCAAACAGGGCUUCGAGUAUCCUUUAGAAGAUCCAACGACCUACAUAGAUGGUCAAAUUAUGGAAGCGGAAUUCCAAAAUAUCAUAGAAGAUAAAAAAACGAGAAUUGGCUUAUUCAAAUGUCGAUUGGCUGGUGCGAGCUCAGCACAAGCUAGCUACACACUCGUCAUUUUAAUGGCCACGUUUUUUAUUUUCCGUGUCGCUCAGAGAUAAAUGAUCAAUUUUAUUUAUAAAUUUUUUUUUUUAACGUACUAAGUGAGAAAUCGCAAAGCCGUCCUUAAUAAUUUUUUUAAUUUAUACAAGUCAAAUUUUAUUUUUUACGUGUAGUUUCAAGAAUCACGUACCAUUCACUGUCGAUUAAUGAAUUGUAGGAAUCUCAAUACUCGGGAUAAAAAUUAAUUAAAAGGGGUAGAACAAAGGGUAUGUAUAACAUAAAAAUUUUUUUCUUGGUUAAGAACUAGCUUCAGUUCAAAAAUACGUUUUUUUUUUUUUUUAAUAAUUUAUAACUAUUUAGUUUUAAUCUCAGCAUGAUUUUUAUAUAAAAAAUGAUAUAUGUAAUUUUUUAUACAUAUUAUAUAAUGAUCAAACGUGUUUUGUAUAUACUUUUACAAAUUUUAGGUAUUGAUAGUCUGUAAGAUUUUUUAUAACAAUUUACGUAGCGUUUAAAAAUCUAUUUUUAAUUAUUUUAAAUAUUUACAAUAAUUAGAAUCUCAAUAUUAAUGUUAAAUAUUAACAAACUGAUCCGUCCAUUUUAAAUCUAACAAAAUGCCUAUUUACACGAUUAUAUAUAAUCAAAUGUGCCUCGUGCAAACCAACAAAUUUUUAUAGAGAUGUGUCUUAAAACUGUACAAAUUGUGUUCAUAGACAUUUUUAAAAUUAUAGUAUUAAAAAAUAAAUAUUAAAAUAUUUUA